UGCAGAUGAAACCGAAUGGAUCGCUAGCAAUUUAGUAUCUCGGCAACUGCAUAAUGGAACUGUUCCUUUCGUUGUUAAUACUAAUAGUAUUAACAUUAGUUACAUAUUGGUUUGCAACAAGACACUACAAUUAUUGGUCAAAACAACAUGUGCCAUUUCUCUCUAAUCCUGUGCCCGUGUUUGGUCACAUGCUGCCCAUCAUAACUUUGAAAAAAAAUAUGAGUAUAUUCUCCAUCGACGCGUACAAGAAAACCAACGCGAGUGCGAUUGGUUUUUACUUCCUGCAAACGCCUGGCUUGAUUGUCCGCGAUCCAGAACUGGUGAAAAGUGUUUUGCAAACGCACUUCAAUAGUUUCCACAACAACGGAUUCCACUUGGAUGAAAAAGUCGACCCGGUUUUUUCGAAAAAUCCAUUCUUCGCUACCGAUUUGAUCGCUUGGAAAACAGCAAGGACGCGCACUGGCAGUCACCUAACGGGCAAAAAAUUGAGACAUCUCUUCGUGAUUAUAAAUGAAGUAUGUUCUAAAAUGGAUAACUACAUCGAUCGGAAAAUAAAGGAGACCAACGGCUCCCUCGAGUGCGAGUUGAAGGAAACCUUCGUGAAGUACACGGGUGAGAUCGUAGCAAACGCCGCUCUGGGAGUCCAGGGACAGAGUUUCAGGGACGAGCCCGACCAAUUGUCCUUUACGAACGCGGUGAAGCUGUUGUUCGCACCAACUCUAAUCAACGGUAUCAAACAGGCGUUACUGUUCUACGUGCCGAGGGUCGGGAAUUUCCUGAAGGUGAGUUUGCUCGAGCAAAAAGCGGACAGCUACUUCCGCGAAAACAUCCGUGCCGUGCUGAAAGAGAGAACAAUGUCCAACGUCGCGCCGAACGACUACCUGCAGUUCUGCAUAAAUUCGAACGGUGAGCGCGAGAUCGACAGCAUCAUCGCCGACGUGUUGAUUUUUUACGGUGACGUCUACGAAACGUCGAGCACGACCCUGGCCACGCUGUUCUACUUCCUCUCGCAGAACAAAAAUAUACAAGUUAAGCUGCGCCAACACAUUCUCGACGUGCUCAAAAAGAACAAUGGAGUUGUGACCUACGAGUUGUUGAAGGACAUGAACUACUUGGAUCAGGUGAUCUUCGAGACAUUACGUUACUUGCCACCCUUUGGCACUCAGUUCAAGGAGUGCACCAAGGAAAUCACGCUCAUGGGAUCGGAUGGGCUGAAGUUCCACCUGAAACCGGGUGACCUCGCCUUCAUUCCAGUAUCGGCUUUGCACAUGGACGAAACGUACUGGCCCGAACCAGAAACCUUCGACCCGGACAGGUUCAGUCCAGAAAAUGUGGCCAGUCGCCACAGAUUCGUUUACUUGGCUUUCGGAGAGGGUCCGAGGAUGUGCAUUGGGAUAAGACUGGGGAUGAUGUUGGUGAAAAUCGCGGCAGUGAAUCUGCUUAUCAAGUAUUCCGUGGAAAACUCGGAAAAGACAAGGAGGCCUUUGGAGUACGACCCAGCCUCGUUGAUGAUGUACAUCAAAGGUGGACUUUGGGGUCGUUUUGAAAGAUUGAAUCCCAACGAGAAUCACUAGUUUUGUGGUCUGUUUCCUGAUUAUUUUGUUGUGAUUACGUCGUUUUAAUAAAUCUUACAAUGAAACAAAA